AUGUUGCGAGCUCAAGAGGAAGAUGAAAAUGAGGAACCUUUGGGGAAAAUAUCCUGUACUGCAGAGAUCCGGGCAGCCUUCAUCCUCUCUUCCUUCGUGUUCUUCAUCACAGGACUCAUGAUCUUGUUCAUUUGCAGGCUGCUCUGGAGAGUCUUCAGGAAAUGGAGAACUAUCAAGGGAACAGGAAUUAUCUUGGAACUCUUCACAUCAGGUACCAUUGAUAGCAACCCAUUAAGAAGACUUUAUUUUAGUGACCUAUUCCGCGAUCGUAUAGAAAUGCUGCUUUCUGCACAGACUAUUGUGGGGCAAGUGCUGAUGAUCCUUGUCUUUGUGCUAAGCAUUGGGUCUCUUAUCAUCUAUUUCAUCAAUUCUACCGACCCUGUAAGAAGCUGUUCUUCAUACCAAGACAAAACCAUCCCUUUUGAUUUGAUUAUCAAUGCCUUCUUCAGUUUCUAUUUUGGAUUGAGAUUUUUAGCAGCUGAUGACAAGAUCAAGUUCUGGCUGGAGAUGAAUUCCAUUGUAGACAUUUUUACCAUCCCACCAACAUUUAUUUCUUAUUAUUUGAAGAGCAAUUGGCUAGGUCUAAGAUUCCUACGAGCACUGCGACUACUAGAACUGCCUCAAAUCCUGCAAAUUCUACAAGCCAUCAGGACCAGCCAUUCAGUGAAGUUUGCCAAGCUGCUUUCAAUAGUUCUAAGCACCUGGUUCACAGCUGCAGGAUUUAUUCACCUGGUGGAAAAUUCUGGUGAUCCCUGGCUCAAAAUUGGAAAUUCACAGAAUAUAUCCUACUUUGACUCGGUUUACCUGGUGAUGGCGACAACCUCAACUGUUGGCUUUGGUGAUGUGGUGGCCAAGACUUCCCUGGGACGGGCCUUCAUCAUAUUCUUCACUCUAGGGAGCUUGGUGUUAGUUGCAAACUACAUCCCUGAAAUGCUGGAACUUUUGGCUAAAACAAGAAACUACACCGGCUCCUAUGAAGUGGUAAAAGGAAAAAAGUACAUUGUGGUCUGUGGAAACAUCACCGUAGACAGUGUGACGGCUUUCCUGAGGAAUUUUCUUCGCCACAACUCAGGGGAGAUCAACACAGAAAUUGUUUUCCUGGGAGAGACCCCUCCUUCCUUCGAACUGGAAACCAUAUUUAAGUGUAAUUUGGCCUACACAACUUUUAUCUGUGGAUCUGCCAUGAAGUGGAAGGACUUAAAGCGUGUUGCGGUGGAAUCUGCAGAGGCAUGCCUGAUUCUAGCCAACCCUCUGUGCAGCGAUUCGCAUGCUGAAGAUACUUCCAACAUCAUGAGGGUUCUCUCUGUCAAGAACUACUACCCUAAGACCAGAAUCAUCAUACAGAUUCUUCAGUCUCAUAACAAGGUCUAUCUGCCGAAAAUUCCCAGUUGGGACUGGAGCAUGGGAGAUAAUAUAAUCUGCUUUGCUGAAUUAAAGCUUGGAUUCCUUGCCCAAGGCUGUUUGGUGCCUGGCUUGUGCACCUUUCUAACAUCUCUAUUUGUUGAGCAAAACAAAAAGGUUAUUCCUAAACAGACCUGGGAAAAACAAUUCUUGGAUGGACUGAAGAACAAAAUUCUAACUCAACGUCUAUCUGAUGAUUUUGCUGGAAUGAGUUUCCCUGAUGUUUCCCGGCUCUGCUUCGUGAAGUUAAACCUCAUGCUGAUAGCCAUUGAAAACAGAUCUGCCUUUCACGGUGUUUACUGUGGUUUGAUGCUAAAUCCCCCUGCACAAGUUAGGCUGCGUAAGAAUACACUAGGCUUCUUUAUUGCUGAAUCUCCAAAAGAAGUCAAAAGAGCCUUCCAUUACUGUGUGAGCUGUCACGGUGAUUUGACUAAUCCUGAACUUAUUGUACCAUGUGCCUGCAGAAAUAAGAGUUGGAUUCACCUCACAGGUACAAUAAAAGCAAUUAAAAGCAACAUAAAAGAAAAUCCCUCAGCUUCAGCAGCACAGAAUCAUAUAAUAGUGAGGCCAUUAAGCAUGGACAGCUGGAGCAGCCUGGCCAGCAGGACUUAUCUCAGUGAUGUGGAGAGAGAAAAUGAGCAGCUGGACAGCAGCGGCAUGUUCCACUGGUGCAAAGCAGUCGCUCUGGAAAAGGUGAUCUUGAAACGCUCAGGUAAAUCAAAACUCAAGUUUCGGAACCACAUCGUCGCAUGUGUCUUUGGGGACAAUCACUCCACACUGAUGGGUCUUCGGAACUUUGUAAUGCCCUUGAGAGCAAGCAACUACACUCGGCGGGAGCUGAAGGACAUUGUGUUCAUCGGGUCUCUGGAUUAUAUGCAGAAAGAAUGGCGGUUUCUUCGGAAUUUCCCACAGAUUUAUGUUAUGCCUGGAUCGGCACUCUACCCUGCAGACCUGCGUGUGGCCAACAUAGAGUACUGCUCCAUGUGUGCCAUCUUAUCACCCCCCUCCAGGCCGUCCAGCAGCAAGAUUCAGGUAGACACAGAGGCAAUCAUGGCUACCUUGAACAUCGGAUCCCUGCGCGUCAGCACCAGUGCCCACACCACGACAGGUCAGAGCAGCACUUUUCCAGGACAAUCAACUAUCUAUAAUGAAGAUUUGAUGAGACCAAAAUACCGAAGAAUCCCCAUUAUCACUGAACUGAAAAAUCCUUCCAACAUCCACUUUAUCGAACAACUUGGUGGGCUGGAGGGGAACCUGAAAGAAAACAACCUGCUCCUUAGCACUUCCUUUUCCGCGGGAACCGUCUUUUCUGGCAACUUCCUGGACUCCCUCCUGGCCACGGCCUUCUACAACUAUCACGUCUUGGAAUUACUCCAGAUGCUGGUGACAGGAGGGAUAAGCUCCCAGCUGGAACAACAUCUGGAUAAGGAGAAAUUCUGUGACAUGACUGACAGCUGCAGUACUUUCUCCUCUGGAAGAUUGCGGUGUAGGCUGGGGCUUCUGUCCUUAGACCAAAACAUUCUGUCAUCUGUUAAACCAAGAGAAACCUUUGGACAACUGUUCUGUGGCACAUUGGAUAAUCUUGGAAUCCUGUGUGUUGGUUUAUACCGCAUGAUAGAAGAUGAGGAGCGUAAUCCGGAGAACAAAAGGGGAGUAUGCUAGUUUGUGAUUACCCGGCCAGCCAACGAAUUUAAGCUGCUCCCCUCGGAUCUUGUAUUUUGUGCUAUCCCUUUUGGCAUGGCCUUUUAUGAAAGGGAGGAGGUGUCUUUGUCCUGUCAAUAUGAAAUUAUAGAUACAAUGCCAGUGCUACCAGAGUUGAACACAGAGUUGAGUUUUGCCCCCACAAUAAGCUCUGAGAAGAGGAGCACAGCACCACCAUCCUACGCACCAGGGAACAGUUUGGAUCCCAGAACUUGCUUCUAUUCGACCUCUCAGCAAGCAAGCCCAACUCAAACCAGUAGGCUAUCACCAACACAGUCAAAAUUAGGAGGCCUCACACAAACUGCUGACAAGGGCCAGAGGCAGGAAACCCUGGAAGACAAUGUUUACGAAGUACAACUAGAUCCACUGAUGCUCUCUUAG